CUUCACUCUCCUAGAAACCCAACUAGAUCCUUCACCCUCUGACACCAUGGUAAACUCCUGUUGUGGCUCCGUGUGCUCUCACCAAGGCUGUGGCCAAGACCUCUGCCAGGAGACCUGCUGCCGCCCCAGCUGCUGUGAGACCACCUGCUGCAGGACCACCUGCUGUCACCCCAGCUGCUGUGUGUCCAGCUGCUGCAGGCCCCAGUGCUGCCAGUCUGUGUGCUGCCAGCCCACCUGCUGCCGCCCCAGCUGCUGUCAGACCACCUGCUGCAGGACCACCUGCUACCGCCCCAGCUGCUGUGUGCCCAGCUGCUGCAAGCCCCAGUGCUGCCAGUCUGUGUGCUGCCAGCCCACCUGCUGCCGCCCCAGAUGCUGCAUCUCCAGCUGCUGUCGCCCCAGCUGCUGCAUCUCCAGCUGCUGUCGCCCCAGCUGCUGUGUGUCCAGCUGCUGCAGGCCUCAGUGCUGCCAGUCUGUGUGCUGCCAGCCCACCUGCUGCCACCCCAGCUGCAGCAUCUCCAGCUGCUGCCGCCCCUCUUGCUGUGAAUCCAGCUGCUGCCGUCCCUGCUGCUGCCUGCGUCCAGUCUGUGGCCGAGUGUCCUGCUACACCACUUGCUAUCGCCCAACCUGUGUCAUCUCCACCUGUCCCCGCCCCAUCUGCUGCGCCUCCUCUUGCUGCUGAGCCCACUGCCCUGGCUCAUCUCUCCCUUCACUGCAGGCCCACAGUUGUGGACCAUUCUUCUGUGCUGACUAUUAGGACACAUGGAGUGGGAUUGAUGUCAUUCAGCAGGGUGGACUUCAUGUUUCCAAUGAGCCCAUCACCAUCCCGCUGACUCUGUGAGAACAUUCUGGUUCAUUUUAAACUCCCUCCCUUGCUUUCUUUCUCUUCCAGUCAUGGCACCAAAUAUGAAAUAAUUUAUAAUCCACUAGCUAAGAAAUUAUUCCAAUCCUCUAAAUUCCUCAUUUUUUAAAUCAUUUUGAGCCUACAGAAUAUCCUUCCCAGUGAGGUAGACACUAUCUCCCUUUCAAACAUAUUAUUUCUCUGUCAGCCUUUCAGUCAUUCUUUUCUCUUGGAAAGAUAGGAGGCUGCCUCUCCCAUGCUCUCCUGCUUUCUCCCUGUUCUCUCUUUGUCUCUGUUUGUUCAAGUUUGCCAGAAUUUUUCUAUUUUAUUAGUUCUUUAUCUUUAUUGUGUUCACAAAGUAUAUUGUAUUAAACUUUUCAUUUAGAAAUC